AUGCCGGAGCAGAGUAAUGAUUACCGCGUGGUGGUGUUCGGGGCGGGGGGAGUGGGGAAGAGCUCCCUGGUGCUUCGCUUCGUCAAAGGGACGUUCAGAGACACGUACAUCCCGACGGUGGAGGACACGUAUCGUCAGGUGAUCAGCUGUGACAAGAGCGUGUGCACUCUUCAGAUCACGGACACCACCGGGAGCCACCAGUUUCCCGCCAUGCAGCGCCUCUCCAUCUCCAAAGGCCACGCCUUCAUCCUGGUCUACUCCAUCACCAGCCGACAGUCUCUGGAGGAGCUCAAGCCCAUCUACCAACAGAUCUUGGCCAUCAAGGGGAACGUGGAGUCCAUCCCGAUCAUGCUCGUGGGCAACAAGAGCGACGAGACCCAACGAGAAGUGGAGACCAAAGACGGAGAAGCCCAGUCCAAACAGUGGAAGUGCGCUUUCAUGGAAACCUCGGCCAAAACCAACCACAACGUCACCGAAUUGUUCCAGGAGCUGCUCAACCUGGACAAGAAGAGGAAUAUGAGCCUCAACAUCGACGGGAAACGGUCUGGAAAACAGUCCCGCGCCGAGAGACUGAAGGGCAAAUGCAGCGUGAUGUAA